CCCCCUCCCCCGCGCUCGGCUCCCGCAUCCCUCCAUCCUACCCUGUGCCGCAGCCGCAUCGCCACCGCAGCCCGGCAGAGCCGAGCCCGGCCCAGGCCCCUGCCCCUGCCCGGCCCUCAGCCCGCCGCCCCCGGCCCCGCCCCUGCCCGCAGGCUCCCCGCAGCGGCCGCGGCGCCCUCCUGCCCCCCCGGCGCCCCCAGACCCCGGCCUCCGGCACCAAGGCGGGAGACCGGGAGCAUCAGCAGAGGCAGGAGGACGAGGAGGAGGAGGAGGAGCCGUCGCAGGAUGAAGGAUCGGACUCAGGAGCUGCGGAGUGCGAAAGACAGUGAUGAUGAAGAGGAGGUGGUCCAUGUGGAUCGGGACCACUUUAUGGAUGAGUUCUUUGAACAGGUGGAAGAGAUCCGGGGCUGCAUUGAGAAACUGUCGGAGGAUGUGGAGCAGGUGAAAAAACAGCAUAGCGCCAUCCUGGCCGCCCCGAACCCAGAUGAGAAGACCAAACAGGAGCUGGAGGACCUCACUGCAGACAUCAAGAAGACGGCCAACAAGGUUCGGUCCAAAUUGAAAGCGAUCGAGCAAAGCAUUGAACAAGAGGAGGGGCUGAACCGUUCCUCCGCGGAUCUGCGCAUCCGCAAGACCCAGCACUCCACACUGUCCCGGAAGUUCGUGGAGGUAAUGACUGAAUAUAACGCGACCCAGUCCAAGUACCGAGACCGCUGCAAGGACCGGAUUCAGCGGCAACUGGAGAUCACUGGAAGGACCACAACCAACGAAGAACUGGAAGACAUGCUAGAGAGCGGGAAGCUGGCCAUCUUCACAGACGACAUCAAAAUGGACUCACAGAUGACAAAGCAGGCGCUGAACGAGAUUGAGACGAGGCACAAUGAGAUCAUCAAGUUGGAGACCAGCAUCCGAGAGCUGCACGACAUGUUUGUGGACAUGGCCAUGCUUGUGGAGAGCCAGGGAGAGAUGAUUGACCGCAUCGAGUACAAUGUGGAACAUUCCGUGGACUACGUGGAGCGAGCUGUGUCCGACACCAAGAAAGCCGUGAAAUAUCAGAGCAAGGCCCGGAGGAAGAAAAUCAUGAUCAUCAUUUGCUGUGUGGUGCUGGGGGUGGUCUUGGCGUCAUCCAUUGGGGGGACGCUCGGCUUGUAGGCCCCCCAACCUUUCUCUCUCCCAGACCCCUCCCCCACCACAUCGGGAGCAAUACCCCCACCACUCCUUUUACUCCAUCCCCUGCUCCAGGCUCACCCCCAUAACAGACCCAGGCAGCCCCACCCCUCCUCCACCCCCACAGCAGACCCUGGUGUCCCUGGACCUCACCGGGCCACGGACCCCCCGCCCCCGCACGUAGAUUGCAGCAGGCGUGAUUACACAUGCACACCAACAUGCAUGCCGCCGGCACAUGCUCGAGACGUGUGGACACCCCAGCGUGCGUGUGCGUGUGAUGUGUGUGAUGCACCAGAGCACCCCCCACCCCCACCUUGGGUAUGUAUGUGGUCUGAGCUUCCCCCUUCAUCGGGGCUGGUGUGUAGACUGCAGCCAGGGGUAACACAGCAGCCCACCACGCCCCCUCUUUCCUCUGUGAAUGGUGUGUGUGUGCAUGAGACCACAGAUCUGUGGACACACCAUUUGUGUGCGUGGAAUUUUGUGUUUGAGUGUUUGAACCUAAUGCAACAGCAACAAAGCCACUGAUACCCGAGCCCUUCGUGUCUGCUACAAACCAAGCAGGUGGUGCGUAUGUACUCACACUCACGUUCUCGGAGGAUCCAGGGAGGCCCAGGUACAUGCAGGCCAUGGCAGACACCCCACAUCUUCAUUACCCCAGGGGCUGCUGCGUGUCCUGGGAGGGUGUGUGUGUGUGUGUGGUGUGUGUGUGAGAGAGAGAGAGAGAGAAGGAUGUGACUGAAGUGUUGAUAGGUCUUCUCAUACUGAGCCCUCCAUGCUGUGGAUUGGACAGCUGUUUUGGGUGGGCAGAGAAAUGUGUAUUUCUUACUACCUAGAAUGCGGCUCUGUGUGUGUGUGUGUGUGUGUGUGUGUGUGUGUGUGUGUGUGUUAGGGGCUGUCUACAUGGUGUGUUUUUUGUUUUUGUUUUGAGACGGAGUCUGGUUCUGUCACCCAGGCUGGAAGUGCAGUGGCACAGUCUCAGCUCACUGCAACCUGUGCCUCCCAGGUUCAAGAGAUUCUCCUGUCUCAGCCUCCCAAGUAGCUGGGAUUACAGGUGCCCACCACCAUGCCCAACUAAUUUUUGUAUAUUUAGUAGAGAUGGGGUUUUGACAUGUUGGCCAGGCUGGGCUUGAACUCCUGACCUCAGGUGAUCCGCCCACCUUGGCCUCCCAAAGUGCUGGGAUUACAGGUGUGAGCUCCCACACCCAGCCUACAUGGUGUGUUUCUGCCCUGUGUAUUGAAACAUGCAUACAUGUGUGUGCACAGGCACUUCUAAGGAUGUGGCCCCAUAUGGGUUUGUUUCUCCAGUUGUCCUUGCCCCACCCCUCUCCCCAGAGGCGCUGCCCAGUACCAGUGUGACCACACAUGGCCACAUCGUUGUGCAGCCAGAGUUUCCUGCCUGCCCAGCCCCAGGGCCCUGCGUGCUCUCGCCCAGAUCCUCAUUUUUCUGUCUGUCUCUGCCCAGCAUAGCCCCAAGCCCCUGGAAGCUGGUACCUCUUGGUGUGCUCACACGUGGCAAGGCUGAGGUGGCCCAGGCAGGGGCCACACCAGGCACACACUGUGCAUGCUGGCAUUGGCAUGGGGACCACAUGAAUGCCUCCUGAUAGGGAAGGGCUGCUUGUAGGAAUGUUACUGACAGGACAAGAUGCCAAGGACUUCCCUGCACAAAUCAAAGAUCAGGGCAUGGCCCCUUACUCACACACCUGCCUCGGACCUGGGAGAGGACUGUGUGUCCCCACUGCCCCAUCGGAUGCUCUGGGCUCUGCCUCAGGGAACUCAGGUUUGGGGAACUGUUUAUUUCAGAUGUACUGGAGUGGCCAGUGUGGCAGUGGCCACUCAGGGUGGGCUGGGUCCCGAGACCCAUCCCCGACACUUCUCCUGCUGAACCCUCAGGCUGCUCCCCACACCAGGGUGCGACUAAGGGGUACACAGGCCCGGUUUCGGUGUGAGGAAGGGGCCAGUGCUUCCCCUGUUGUGUAGCCAGCACAGGUGCAGUUUGUGGAUUUGGUGGCUGGUAGGCGGAACUCAGGAAAAAGGACAAGGUUAGAGGCCUGUGGUCCAUGGCCCAGGAGCAUGGAGGGUGAACACACAAGGACACAAAUGUGCCCCACCCUGGCAAGAGGCUUACCUGUGCACAGGCGAGGGACUCGUGUUUGUGCAGACCCCAGGAUCCCAGGCCAUGUGACAUGUGCGUGUGUGGGUGUGUGUGCAUUGUGUGUGCGUUUGGCCAUACAGAUGUGACCUCCCAGAACAUAGUACCUCUCCGCCUCUACCCCCGCUCAGACAGCUGAGCUCUACCCUGUCCUGUGUGCGUGUCAGUGUGGCCACAUGUGGAACCCCAGGUGGGCUGUCCUGAGCUGGGGCCUGCCUGUCCCUUCCCAGAAUGCCCCUUUGCAGGACAGAAAGUCUGCCCCAUGUCUGGCUGCGGCCCUCCUGAUCCCAUCUCGGGCUGCUUGGGAGACAUCAGAGCAGGCCCCAGCCCCCAGUUCCCUCCCUGGCCGUCCCGACAGGACCCCCAUUCAGCCCAGGUGUUUCCGGAAGUCCCCGGCCUUGGGGCCACGGGAAAAGGGUGCAGUAUGGCUGGGGCACCGCUCCCACUGCCUGGAGUGGCAUUGGGCCCACAGCUGCUCAUCUCUGGGCCUCAGGUGGACCAGGGGAUCCCCGAGGAUCUGCUGCACCCCGACUUUUCUAUGCGUCCCCCACGUCCUAUGAUGUGCCUGCUUGUCGGCUGCCGUCUGUGUGCGUCCUGGCGUGUUAUCUAGGGGAUGGUGUCUUUUGCAUGUUCUCGGACAAAUGUGUGCUGCCUGCCCAGGCACCUACAACCAUCAAGCCCACGUGUGCCCUGAGGGUGGUCCCGGGCCUGGCCAGGGCUCAGUGCUCCUCCUCCCCAUCCUCCCUGUUCCCGCCCCUCACAAAGCACACUGCGUGUCCAUCCCAUGUGCCCGUGGGUCAAUGCACGCUCUUGCCACGCCCUGAGCGUGUACACAUGAUGUGUUCUAUGCAUUCACCUUGCCCCCCCAGCCCGCCCCGCAGAGGACAAGAUGGGUGGCCCCCGGCUCCCUUUCCCCCAACCACUCCUGCCCGCUGUGCAGCCGUGUGCGUUGGCGUGUGUUUCUGUGUCGCUGGCGUGUCACGUGAUGUAGCCGUGUUUGCUGACAUGAGCCCUUGCCCCCUUCUCUGUUUCUCCGUUGGUUUCUAGAGCUCUCUCCCUCCCCUCCCCAGAAGGGACAGGACUCCUGGGGCCUGGCUGGGGGCCCAGAGCCAGGCUGCCCUCUCCUGUUAGCCCUCAGAGUCCCAUUUCUCUCUAUUGGUGACCAAGUUGCAAAUGGAUAAAACACAGGAAAAUCCUGCCCCCCUUUCCGCCCUGCAUGUCCUGUCCCCAGAGCCCCCCACCCUACCCCGGGCCAGGCAGGGCCCUGUGGGACGGGAGAAAUAGCAACCAAUCCAACAGCGGG